CACACCACUUUCGGCAUGAUCGCUUAUUUGUCAAUACAAGUUUAAUGAUAUCAAGUACUAGAUCGGAUGUAUCGAUAAGAGCCUGUAAAUUAAAAGAAUUUUUGAGACUAAAGACUUGUCUUCAAACAAACAAAAAUGCCUAGUCAUCGAGUGGAUAAUUCGAGAAGUCAAUGGUAUAUAAGUAGCAUCUUCCUUAUUUUCUGGCUACUCCUAUUUCAAGCGAUAGUGGUGCCGUUGUUCAACAGUCUGCCCAAUGCCAAGACCAAGGAUGAGUCCUCCAAGGGAGUCUUUAUCGCCCAAAGGGCUAUGGAAAAUCUAUAUAACCUGACCAAUAUCGGUCCCAAAGUAGUUGGCAGCUUCAACAAUGAAAACAAGACGGUCCAGUAUUUGCUUAACGAGUUGGCUUUGAUCAAGGAGCAGGUUCUGGAUGAUUAUUUCGAUAUCGAGAUCGAUCAUCAGCAGGUCUCAGGUUCGUACAUUCACUGGACCAUGGUGAACAUGUACCAGGGUGUCCAGAACCUGGUCGUUAAGCUCAGCCCAAAGAAUUGCACCAGCGAUGCAUAUCUCCUGGUCAACAGCCACUUUGACUCCAAGCCGACGAGUCCUUCCGCUGGAGGUGGAGGACAAAUGAUUGCCACUAUCCUGGAAGUAUUGAGAGUAAUGUCCACCACACGAGAAAUAUUUCAGAAUCCAAUUGUUUUCCUACUAAACGGAGCCGAGGAAAAUCCCAUGCAGGGUUCCCACGGUUUUGUUACCCAGCACAAAUGGGCCAAAAAUUGCAAAGCUUUUCUCAAUCUAGACGGCUAUGGUGGCGGAGGACGCGACCUUCUUUUUCAAAGUAGUCCCGAUCAAUCCUGGCUGGUGGAGUAUUACAAACAUAAUGUGAAACAUCCGUUUGCCACAAACUUGGCUGAGGAUAUUUUAAAAGUUUAUUCACCGGAUACAGACUAUAGUAUUCUGACUAAAUAUGGAAAUAUGUCAGGUCUGAAUUUGGCCCAGAGCAUCAACAGUUUCGCCUACCAAACCAGGUUGGACAACUAUAACAUUAUUCCAUCUGAUUCGGUCCAAAGCAUUGGGGAUAAUGUUCUUAGCUUGGUACGCGCCCUUUCCAAUUCCAAAGAGCUGCAGGACAUUGAGGGGCAUGCCGGUGGAUCCCCUGUGUUCUUCGACUUCCUGGGUCUGGCCGUUGUCGAGUACUCCAAUUAUUCGCUUGUAAACUGGACCGUGGCCUUAGCUACCAUAUUCCUUAUUGUGUUGUACCUAUUCAAAAUAUCGCGCGUGUCUAAUGUAUCCACAAGUACCGUAAUUGGAUACUCCAUCCCAGUUUUAAUUCUACAGAUUUUCGCCUUCUAUCUUGGGUGGAUACUGCCCAUAUGGGUGGCAAAAGUUUUUGAUAAUUGUGGUCGAAGCUUAACUUAUUUCAGUUCCCCGUCGCUUAUGUUCGGUUUAUACGUGUGUCCCAGUCUUAUUGGACUUUGUUUACCCUCAAUUCUCUAUAUGCCGAUGUGGCGGGGUCAGCAACCGGUUUCCUAUGCUCGAGUAUUGCAUCUUUUUGUACUGAACCAAGCGCUUAUUCUGGCGAUCCUGGCCAUUUAUUUCACCUGCGCGGGAUAUAGGAGUACUUAUGUGAUCAUCUGGACUCUUAUCCUUUUUGAUCUUCAACUGAUCAUCAAUUUGAUCAUCCCAGAUGUCCAAUACUCCUGGUCGGGAGCCCUGUUGCUCUUUCACAGUUUUUCAUUUUUCUAUGUGACCUAUUUGCAAUACACUCUGCUAAAGGUAGUAACUCCUAUGAUGGGACUACUGGGCAGAAGCUACAAUCCUGAUUAUUAUAUAGCAGUUAUCAAUGCAAUGGGAACUAUCCUGGCAAUGGGCUUCGUGAUUCCAUUGGUCAAUAUGUUCCGUCGUCCCUUCGCAGUUAUAGUUUAUUUUCUGGUGAUUUUCCUCAUUACCGUCAUUUUGGCCCGCACACCUUUUGGUUUUCCGUAUCGUCCAACAACAAACGUGGAACGAGUGCCUUACCUGCAUAUACGACGAACCUUUUUUAACUACAACGGCACAAUUAGCAAGGACGAUUCCGGGUAUUUGUUCAACUUCCAGGAUCGUCACGGACCCACUCCCUUGGAAAACACUGUGAACUUAACCGGGCUGGUUGGCAUUUCAGCGGACUGCGAAAAGUACAUGAUGUGCGGGUAUCCACUGUUCGAUCACCACUGGGUGAAUAGCCGCAUGGAUCUAAUGUGGCUGCCCCGGGAGAAGCCCAUCGAGCCUCCCAGGGUGCCCGAGGUGGAGCUUCUUAGCAAAUUCGUCCAAGCAGACAAUAAAACCAUUCGGUACAAUUUCAAGAUAAAUGUCACAGAUCACACAAGUAUUUUUAUCCAACCGUACGAAAACGUAAAUGUAAAAAAUUGGACAUUUCCGUUGAAGUACAUCGAGCACCAAUCUCCGUAUCAUAUAUACUUCUCAUACGGCAACGACAAUACUCCUCUUUCCUUUUUUAUUGAUUUCGCCAUAAGCAAUAAGGACAUUGAGGAGCCCCUGUUCGAAAUGGGUGUAUCAGGACACUUUAUUGGCGAUAAAGGAGACAAGAUCAGCCAGGAUUUUGGCAAUUCCUUCCCCGACUUUGCCGCGAUAAUCGACUGGCCCACUUCAUAUCAACAAUUUAUUUUUUAAGCCAAAGAAUUUCCGUUCAUUUACUUUUUAAGAAGAAAAAACAUCACCAAUUCUUCGUUGAGACACUACUCCAUACUUUUUUCGUUUGUACCUGUUCGGUUAUAUAAUCAGCAAAUCAAAAAACUUUAUUGGACCGUUUAUAGAUGUGCCAUAAACAGAUAAGAAAUCAAAUUCCGAGGUUUUUUCGACUAUAAAAGAAGUGACCAAUUAAUACUAACCAUUUAGUCGGAGUCUAGAACUAGCGCGUGCAGUGAUUUCGAAAUGGGUGACAAGGAAAAAGUACUAAUACUAUUCGAAUAUCAAAAUAUUAAGAAUUUCUAAAUAAAUGAAAACUAUUAAUUUCCA